UUCACCAUUUCCUAAUUACCCCUUCCGAGUUCCGACCAGCUUCAAACAUGAAUAAAAUUAAAAAAGCAAAACAAAAAUUUGUUGAAGUAAUUAGGCGGGAAAAAUUUCAAGCUGUCCAAAGGACUCUCAUUUUAGGGCACGAACUUUUCAAAAAGUAGUUGCUGUUUCAUCGUUCAAUUCACAAUGAAUACUAUUUCUUUGAAUUUGGAGGACCCAAUUCGGGACGCAAUUUCAAGGAUCCGAUUCGGCCCACAUUCCAACAAUCUGCUCAUUUCUUCUUGGGAUUCUAGUCUUCGAUUGUACGAUGUGGAUAGCUCUAAGCUUCGAAUGGAAGCUCCCGGGAAAGCUUCUCUCCUCGAUUGCUGCUUUGAGAACGAGAGGGUGUGCCUUACUGCUGAGUCUGAUGGUUCAAUUUACAGGUAUGAUUUGGAUUCAGGGGUUAAAAUCUCAGUGGGAAUUAAUGAUGAUGUAGCAACCUGUGUUGAGUAUUCUCCUACGACAUGUCAAAUAAUUUCUGCUGGUUGGGAUAGAAAGAUAAAUUUUUGGGAUGCUCGUUCAACCCAAUCUCAUGGCUGCUUGAACAGCUUAGCUUCAGAAGUGGGGUCAAUGUCACUAUCUGAGUUCAGUUUGAUAGUUGCUGCUGGCUCCUCAGUUGAUAUAUAUGACCUACGAAGUUUUAAGAAAUCAGUUCACACGAAAGGCGUCAAAGUAAAUGUGUACGGCCAAUUUUUAACCCUAAAGGAUUUAUUGUUGGAUCAGUUGAUGAGCGAGUUCUUCUGGAGUACAUCUGCAGAUCCAGCUCAGAUGAGGGGUUCAACUGUAAGCAGUCGAGUUCAUAUAUCAGCAUCCACUUUCCGAAGUUGCAAAUCCUGGCGAAUUCUUGACAUUAGCGUUUCCAUUAAGCAUAGUCUCAUUCAAAAAACUCUCCUUUUAUGUGGAUCUCUUAAUUCAUUUGUCAGCUUUUGCAGAUACGCAUUUAGAUGUCAUCCAAAGAGUAAAGAUGGGAGACGUCAUCUUGUAACAGUUAAUGACAUUGCGUUUAACCCAUCCAUUAUUGGUUCAUUUGUCACUGGUGACAAUGACGGCUAUGUCACCUUGUGGGAUGCUCGGGGAAGGAAACGGAUGUUUGAGAUGCCAAGGUAUCCCAAGAGUGUUGUCUCUCUAUCAUAUAGCCAUGAUGGAAUGCUUUUAGCAGUUGCAUCCAGUUAUGCAUACCAAGAAGCUAAUGAAAUAGAAGAGCCACCUCAGAUAUUUAUGCAUCAUGAAAUGGGGAACUGUUAUCUCACGUCGCCUUCUUCUGGAGCUUCAAAGUACAAAUGACUGCAAAUACACGUCUCAGAUUCUGGUUGUUGCUUCUGUUUCCUUUAUUUCAAGCUACAACUCUUAUACAGUAAAUUUUGCUGGUACCUGUGCACGAGUUGGCUUUUCCUGGCUCACGUUCCUUGAUGGCUAUUUUGACUCUUACCAAGAUUAGAAGGAAAGGGCUCAGCAGAAAAUUGGAUACCAGAAUGUAGAAUUUUCACUCAUGUAUUAAUGUCUACUAACAAAGUGUUUGCUCCAAAGUGGAAUAUAUUUCGGAGUUGUAUUUUUAUCAACUGUGAAAGAAUGUGUUUCCUGAGAAAUCAUAUUUUAUGUUCUUUUGCUUGGUUGAGGCUAUAGCAAAAGUUUUUCUUCUUUAGGUUACACAUCCAAAGGAAAACCUUGAGUUUGGAGUAGUUAUUAAA